CUAGCAUAGAACAAGAAAUUAAAUUUGAUCUUCUGCAGGUACUUCAAUUAACUUUCUCUAAUCUCAGUUGGUACGUGACAUUGGAAAUAUUCGACUAUAUCUUUGGUUGGAUCUAAAGGAAUUUUCUACUUACUCUACAGAAGAUGGCUCAAAAUGACAUUGACCAUGUGUUAGAUCAUCUAAGAAGGAUCGAGAGGAUAGGUGAUUUGAGGAGAGGUGAUUUGAGGAUAGCUGAUUUGAGCAUAGCUAAUCUGAUAACCCUCAUACUUGAGAUGCUUGAAAUGCGGCUAAGAUUGUUGAGAACCUUUAUAAAGUACCAUCAUAUUCCUUCGCCUGAAUCCUUAGUCAAAAUCACAAAGAUCGCCCUGUGGAUUGUGGAAAAGCUUCCCCUAGUAUUUGAUUGGAUUCCAUAUGACUGUGAAACUGACCUUGAUCUUGAAAAGGUAGUACUAACGUUGCUGGAAUCCAUUGAAGAUAAUUGGAGUUUAAGGUACAAUUAUGAGUUGAAUGAUUCAGAUCUGUCGGAAUAUAUGGAUUGCCUUGACAAGAACCUAAAUGAUGUACUAAUGUUCCUGGAAUGGACUAGGUCUGACCAUCUGGAAUGGACUAGGUCUGACCAUCUGGAAUGGAUUAGGUCUGACCAUCUGGAAUGGAUUAGGUCUGACCAUUCUUUGACGAAUGAAAAGAUACUUGAGAUAACUCUAUUUAGAAAGCAACUGAAAAUUGUUCAAAAGAAAAUGAGAUUUUUGAGAUACUUAUACGUCUCAGAGAUAAAUGGUUACGUCGACCAUGAGAAACUGGAAGGUCUGGAGACCCGAAUUCAGCUCAUGGCUGACAAUGUGGGAGACUUCUGUCUUGCUUUUUGGAGUAUAAAGGAGGAGGGGGAUGUAGAUGAUACAUCUAAUAUCAAGAGUAAACCUCCUUAUCUAUUAGGCUUGAUUGUGUUAGUGGAGCUGGAAAUGAAGAAGAUUUUUCUUGGUGAGCUAAAGGCUUCAAAGUUUACUCAAUCAAGGACUUUCAAGGACAAGAAAUUACCAAAAGGAUUUUCACAUCAUCUCCACAGUCUGCUGAUGUAUCUCAGAAACCAAAAGCUCCAGAACUUUCCUAAUAGUGUCUCUGCUCAAAAUAUUGAUGUGGCAAUAGAGUUCUUGUUGGUAUUUCUUGAUGCUGAUGUGUCAAAUCAUGUUAUCAAUGGUACCUGGUUGAAUGAGGUUAUGGAAAAGGUUGGAGCUAUAGCGGGUGAUGUUCGAUAUGUAAUUCAAAAGCUUCUUCCUAGAUCUAUAAACGAAGAUGACAUUAGCAAAAUAAAUAUUUGCUCGAUACAGAUAUUGGAGAAAACUAAAGAUCUGAAUGCACAAGUGGAGACGUACUACAAAUCCUUAAAAUUCACUCCAUCUCAGUUCCCCAUGGUUGGUGGAUUGAGCUUUCUGGAUUCUGUUUUGAGGAAAUUGAAUGAGAUGUCGAAAUCUGAAUCAGGUUUAGUUUUCGUGAUGAAACCUGAUAUUAGUAAUUUAGUGAAAGAACUAUCAUCUCUUACAUCCAUUUUAGAGAAGGAGCUGUCAUCUUUAUCAUCCAUUUUCAGAGAUGUCGCAAAGGUCUACCAUGACCAUGAACAUGAAAAUCUUAAAGAUCUUCAGAGGCGUACUAUCAAUUUGGCAUGUGAAGCUGAAGUUGCCAUUGACUCUAUUCUUGCACACUAUAAUGCUUUUUGGCAUAUUUUUUGCUCACUUCCUACAAUCUUAAAAGAGAUCAAGCACAUUAAUGCGGAGGUGACUGAGAUGUGGUCGGCGGACGUUGCUCUGAAGCCUUACUAUGUGGUAGCGCCAACUAAACAUCUUCCAACUCAACAUAGCAAUUCUGUGAAUGAUGAGGAGGUAGUGGGUUUUGAGAUAGCAGUAGAUGAACUAAUUCAGUAUCUGACUCGAGGAACAAGCGAGUUAGAUGUCAUCCCUAUUGUUGCAAUGGGGGGACAGGGAAAAACAACUUGUGCUAGAAAGUUGUAUAAUAAUGACAUCAUUGUUUCUCAUUUUGAUAUUCAGGCAUGGUGCAUCAUUUCCCAAACAUAUAACCGGAGGGAGCUAUUACAAGAGAUCUGUGGUCAAGUUACCAAUUCCAAGGACAAGACAGACAAGGAUGACAUCCUUGCUGACAAGUUGAGGAAAAGCCUAAUGGGAAAGAGAUAUCUCAUUGUAUUGGAUGAUAUGUGGGAUGGUAUGGCAUGGGAUGACUUAAGCCUUUGUUUCCCUGAUGUUGUAAAUAGAAGCAGAAUUGUAGUAACAACUCGACUUGAGAAAGUGGGUGAAUAUGUCAAGCACCAUACUGAUCUUUAUUUCCUUCCAUUCCUCACACCAGAUGAGAGUUGUAGAUUGUUGCAGAAAAAGGUGUUUCAAAAGGAAGGUUGCCCGCCUGAACUUCAAAAAGUGAGUCUAGCAGUUGCAAAAAGAUGCAAAGGCUUGCCUCUAGUGGUUGUCUUGGUAGCUGGAAUAAUCAAAACGAAGAAAAUGGAAGCUUCAUGGUGGCGCGAGGUCAAAACGUCUCUACUUUCCUCUCUUGGUGGGUCUGAAGAUUAUAGUCUUUCAACUAUGCAGUUAAGUUAUGACAACUUACCCGAUUAUUUAAAGCCUUGCCUUCUUUACAUGGGGAUGUUUCCGGAGGACGAAAGAAUUCCAGUGUCUAAAUUGAUAAGUCUAUGGAUCGCGGAAGGUUUCUUGCAGAACAUUGAAUCUGGGAGAUCAAUGGAAGAGGCAGCUGAAGAUUACUUAAUGGAUCUCAUCAGCAGUAACGUGGUAAUGGUUUCAAAGAGAGAAUAUAAUGGUAAAGUCAAAUACUGCGAGGUUCAUGAUGUAGUGCUUCACUUUUGCUUGGAGAAGAGUAGAGAAGAAAAGUUCAUGCUGGUAGUCAAGGGAAAUCGUAGCCAGUUUCAACCUUCUGAUUGGAACGAAAGUCGAGUGAGCUUCAGUUUCAGUGAAGCUCUGAGCUCCAAAACACGGAAGCCUUUCCACCAACACUUGAGGUCACUGAUAACAACCAAUCAUGCACGAUGGUAUGAUUGGAAUCCCUUACACGGUAAAUUGGGACUUGUUAAGGUCUUGGAUUUGAGUUAUGGGGUCUUGGAUUUGAGUUAUGGUUGGAAUCCCUUCCAUCAGAGUACGAAAUUGAGACUUGUUAAGGUCUUGGAUUUGAGUUCCUGUGAAGUGGGUCCUUUGUCUUUAGCCACAUUGAACCCACUAAUUCAUCUGAAGUACCUCGCAGUUGAAACGGCACAUUUCGAUUUUCAUCCAGAAUCACAUCUGCCCCAUUUAGAAACUUUUAUUGUGAAGUGUUUUAUGGGGCUUCCAAAGUUACCAGCGAAUUUUUGGAAAAUGGAAAAAUUAAGGCAUGUUGAGAUUAAUUUGAGGAAUAAGCAGGGGAUCUUUGAAGAAUCCUCUAAAUUGGAAAAUUUGAGGUUAUUAAGGAACGUUAUAAUUGAAACUGAGGAUGUUGAUAGCGUGGAUGUGUUAUUAGGGAGGUGUCCUAAUCUUCAAGAACUUGAGAUUACCUUUCGGUCCAAUGAUUCUGAUAUCGAGGAUUAUUCUGAUAGCGAGGAUAGCGAGGAUGAUUCUCUUAGCGAGGAUGAUUCUGAUAGCGAGCAUGAUUCUGUAGAGAUUUGUCCCAAGUUGGAGAGUCUUAUCCAGCUUCAAAUACUUCACCUUUACUUUCAUCGGUCCUUAAUUGUAUCAGAGUUACACUUGCCUUCAAAUUUAAAGAAGUUGGUACUAACAAGGACUCGAAUGGAAAUCACGGUUCCUAUCAUUGCGAAACUACCAAGUCUGGAGUAUCUCCAAUUAAAACGUUCGGAGUUUCGUCUAUAUGAAGAGUGGUGCCUUGGAGAUAUCACGUUCCCUAAACUUAAGUUCUUGAAACUAGUGUGGUUACGUAUCUCAAGGUGGGAUGCCUCAGAGGAAUCCUUUCCCCUGCUUGAAACACUUGUUAUAAAAAGGUGUAAGAAUCUCGAGGAGAUCCCCCCUCGCUUUGCAGAUAUUCCAACACUGAAACAGAUUAAGUUGAUUGACCCCUUCCGAAGAUCUCUAAGGGCUUCAGCUGUGAAAUUUAAGAAAGAAGUCGAAGAGAUUGAAGGAUGCGACCGUAUUGACAUCAUUAUCAAAGAUAGGUUUGGUGGUAUCCGGAAGAUGUGAGUCAAGCACUUGCUUGUACCAACAACAUGCAAAAGCACCGACAGAGUGGAUGGAGUUCUUUCUUCUGGCCAUGCUUAUGCUGGCUGGGUCUAUUAUGCAGCAAGAAGAAACUGUCAUCUUAUAUUGUAACAAUACUAAGGUUAUUUUUGAUUCAUCAACAUAGACUAAUGCCUACUCGGAAGAAUUUUGUCAUUUUUUUUUCUUCCUUCUAUAUGUUUCAGAUGGUCUUCCACUGUGGUUUUGUGAUGCCCUCUAUAAAUAUCAUCACUUCCUUAUGCAGUACUAUAAUUUUAGAACCAGUCAAAACAUUGUUUCUAUUUUUUCUUUUGUAGCUUUGUGGUUGUUUUCCACUUUAAUUGCUAUAAUUCCUUCAUCUUGUACCUUUUAUGCAACACCUGCAAAAUUCUAUCAAGGAUAUAAGUACAAACGUUAUUCUCUGUUUGAAUAUAACACCUCCCAAUCAUCAACCAACAAACUUAAAAUUUUAGCAGCAUAGAAAACUACGGUGAAUUUAGAGAUGAUACUCGAAGGUUGAUUUGCCAGUAGAAUAAAAGGCUUGAUAGGCGAAGGGCUGUUGAUUUAGGGCCCCUAAAAGGCCGUAGAUCUUAUACCUUUGGAACUGUUCUUCGUAUAUACCUUUGUGGUAUAGAAGAUUUAAACUCCAAUGAGAUGUCAUUUUGAUGGAGAUUGCAUCCCUUAUGAUUCCCUUAGUAGUUAGGAGUCGCUCACACACAGAGUGGUGGAUCCAGGAUUUCUAAAUUUUGGGUGCUCAACUAUUUUCAAUUUGAAAGUUGCUACUUAUACAGUUAUACUGGGUGCCUAGUUAAUAUAUUUGUAUGAAUUAUUAGUUUUUUCUUAAGUAAUAGUGUUUGUCUCCAAAAGUAAUGGGUGCAUAUAAUGCACAACGUAAAUCCGCCAUUGAGUCUGAGCAACAACUGAUGAAGCAUGUCAAGGAUUCAAUUUUGUUGAAGGAUGAAGGCUCAUUUUUAAAUAUGACAUCUUGAACCUUUGAUCACUUAAAGCUUCUAGGAAAGCCCUGAUAAAGGAAGACUAUAUUAAAUAGGCAUUAUUAAGCAUCACGGAAGACAACAUAUUUGGAAGUUGAAACCAGAUAAGGCCAUUGACUGGAGACUUUUUUUACCAACUUCACAUCAUUGUGCUCCUCCAAAGUAGAAGAAAUUUGGAGAGGCUUAGACAUGACAAUUCAGAAGAACUGUUCUUUUAUUUUAUAGGAAAUGUGUUAUAGGUACUUGAACUCAAUCAAAAGGGGCAAAGUGUUGUGGAAAAUGUUGGAGAAGGAUAUUCGCGUGAACUCAGAGCUAAUAAUUGCUCGAUAUUUUACGCUUAUGGGACUGAGUUAUUAAGUGUAAUAAUGAUUAGAAAGGUUUUUGUUUUGGAAUGAGAUGACGCUAAUACGCAAAAGAUAUCGUUAAUGAAGUUUCACAUGGAAGAUUUGAAUCCUGUAAGUAGUCCGAUAUCAAUAUGUGAAAAGUUGAGUAAAGAUCAUGAUGAUGUGCAGCUAUUGGUAUAUAUUUUGGAUUGUGUAUCUUCACAUAAAGCUCAAAAGGCAAGAGACAACAGAAAAAUCUGCAUCGGAAUCCCCACUUGAAAAACUUGUUUUAAAAAAUCCCCUUUAGCUUUGCGGAUAUUCCAACACUGAAACAGAUUAAGUCAAUUAGGUGCAAAGAAUCUCUGGAGGCUUCAGCUGUGACAAUUAAGGAAGAAUCGAAGCUAUUGAAGGAUGUGACCGUCUGAACCUGGUCAUUAUCAAAGUAAGUAGGAAAAUACUCCUAUGUGUUGUUUUCUAGUAUCUGUGUGCCUCUAGUAUGCAAACAAUGUGUUCAAUACAGUUUUUUUUAUAGAAAACCCCAGAAGCUGUGAGUCAAGUGACCAUGUUUCAGUUUUUUCUUGUUCCUUUAUGUUUUUUCUAAUUAGAUGAUUGUAUUUCUUAAUUUCACCAUGUCGAUCUCAAACUAAGAAGGAUGUUCAUGAAUUUGAAUAGACAACAGCAGCAAAAGCACACAUAGAGUAGAUGGAUUCUGUCUUAGCAGAUUGACACUACUACUGAUUUGUAUCAUUACAGACUCAUAACUGGGAGGAAUUUUGUCAUGUUCCUCUUUCUUCUGUUUUUUCCUCUUCAAUAGCUAUUUAUGUAUCAUAAUUUACUAAAACUACUGUCUUAUUCAAGUUGUGUCACCUAAAAUGGAUAUGGAAUAACUGCCACAUCAAAUAUACACUUUUAAAAAGUUGGUCCUAGGAUGAACAUCCAAUAUUACUUAUAUUUGGUGUUUGUAACAAACCAACAUAUACAUGUUUGACAUAAAGUUUUCACAUUUCAGUAGUUAGUAAGAAAUCCAGAAAAAAUGUCAAGCACUGUCAGGCAAGUCAUUAGUUGCAAAAGUGUGACAUUUGUUUCAUUCCAUUUCAUAUACAUAAUGAAAACUUUCUUUUUAACAAAUAUCACAAGCUAGAUCGAUUUUUUCUUUUUAACUCCUUCGGAUAAUGUAGGAGCAAAAUUUCAGUCUUUCCUCGCAUUCUUGGACAUGAAGCAGCAGGGUAUGUUGUUUCAAUUAAUUGACUUGAAAUUUCAUCAUUGAUCUCUCAAGGGUACUAAUUAAAUUUUGUUGUUUUAUUGGAUUUUGAUCGUCUCUUAAGGAUUAUCAUUGAAAAGGGAAUAAUGAUUCAUGAUGAACAAUCAAGGUUCUCAUCAACAGAAACCAACCUCUACCUUUAUUUCAGUUUGGCUUGUCUCAGACAGCACUAGAAAUGGCGUCUAUGGAUAGAUUGCUGCACAUCCCUGAAGAUUCUGUUCCUUGCAAAAUUCGUGCCAAGUGUGGUUGUGCUACUCAUCCUCGCAGCAUUGCAGAAAGGAAUCUGAAUACGGAACUUGAAAACUGCAAAUGUGGAUGUAAGAAAUCAAGUCAAUAACAGUGCCUACAAAAUGGGAGAAAGCACUUUAGCUGAAGAUUGACCUAAAGGAUUUUUGUCACCAUUGCUUCGUGGAAACUCAAAAUUUGUACAUAAGGAAGCAAUUUUCAUACUAGCUUUUUAACGCCAAAAGUGAACUCUCUUGGUCGUUUUUUUUUUUUUUUUUUUCAGUUAGACCGCGUAUAUGAUUGUUUUGGAUUAUUUCUAGUUUUUUUUUUCCUCUAACAUUUAAAUUUUAAUUCAGUUUUGGGUUUAUUUAUGUUUUUGGAUUCUUUUCUUGAAGAUCAUGAAGCUAAUUCAUGGUGAUAAUUUCUUGAUGAUGGACA